AUGGAGUCAGCAAUUGAUAUGUACUGGUUUCACAAUGACACUCCUACUGUCGUGACUCAGAUACUUCGCGACUUGGACAAGAAGAGGAAACUCGCUAUUGUCUUGGAACUGACUGAGCCUGCCUUUUUCCUGCCCGAGGCUACGGGCAACAGGCCUGUUGUGCUUCGGGGCCGCUGCACGUUGAUUGUAAAACGGCCGCUGAAAAUCAAACAGGUCAUGGUGGCCCUGGAUGGUUUCUCGUAUAUCAGAUGGCCCAAUCGGAUUCGCGAAAUGGGAAGCAUUGUCAAUUGUCCUUUGACACUAUUUAAUUCGAAGAAGGACUCCAAGAUUCAGUUUCAGUAUAAAGAGCCCGAGAAACCCAUCACAGAAGUUGAAGCGCCGCAGAAGAGGUUCAAGACCGUGUGCAAACUGGCUGACAAGCUCCACCUACGUUCCCCAAGGACCGAACCGGAUGUCAACUCCAAAUGCUUUUCACCUGGGAAGUACUCUUAUGAUUUUGAAAUGAUACUACAUUCCGGCCUGCCCGAAUCAACAUUCGUUGAGGGAACGAUAGUUCGCUACCAUCUCAAAGCCAGCGUCCAGUGUCACUUUAUGCUCAGGGGGAUGUACAAAUCGACAGAGGUCGACGCUGUUCGCUGCCCAGCCGAUGCUUACGUCGAAGACUCCGUGGGCGGCAAUUGGUCGCUACAUGUUGACGGAGUUCUGCAUGUGGACAUCACACUUCCCAGGAAAGGAAUCGCUCUAGAGGAUUGCCUUCCCGUUUUAUUCAAGUUUAAAGGGUACAAUGACACCAGGUUCCGCAAACUUCACGUCUUUCUGGUUGAGGACGUCAGAUAUUUUAUGCGGGAUGGGACGCGGGCCGGUAAGGCUCCUUAUAAAAGGCGUCUCUUACAUGAGACGCGGGAUAACGACCUCAGACCGGAAGUGCACUGGCAACCAGAGGGCGAACUCCCUGAAAAGGAGCUCGACACAUUUGAAGCAAAAUCGACAAGAUUCCCCAUGUCUUCUAACAACUGUGACACUCCAGACGACGAUUCUCUUCCUCCGAGCCAAACGAUUGACCUCGACCUCACGCUAAAUAUGCCUAAGUGCAAGUCGCACAGAGAUGCUUCAGACUGCAGGUUUAUGCACUAUGACACCAAACUUCGGAGUGUCGAAGUAACGCAUUUCUUGGAGUUUCAGGUGUACGUUUUCAUCAAUGGCAGCCCCGCUACAAAACCUUUUGAGAAACUGGUCCCCUUGACACUCCGCUCUUGCUACACGCAUGCAGCAAAUUCGACCUUGCCAGGCUAUUUUGAGGAGCGUUUGCCGGUUUACUCAUCUCUUGCCUCGGAUGCCCCAGCGUCGACUCCUGAUCAUGAUCAUGAUCGCUGA